AUGGCAUUUGUUGUUGCAGAUAUCAUCACUGCAAUACUCAUUCGUGCAAUUGGCCAGCUUCUUCAAGUAGCAGAUAUCAAGAGCCUGAAAUCCUUAGGAGCCACUACACAUCUUAAUGUUUCAGAAAAUUUUCCAUCUGGUGAAAUAGCUGCUCUUUUUUACUUAUGGAAUCCUUUGACCAUCAUCACUUGUUUGGGAUAUUCAACAUCCCCAUUUGAAAAUCUAGUGAUUGUAUUAUCAGUAUAUGGGGCUUGCAUGAGUUAUGCACUUGUAGAAGGUCGUGCUGCAAUGGAAGGAAGAAGAAACAUCUGCAGUCAGUUCUAA